ACAAACACAUCGGGAGAGUGUGGGAUUGUCUAAUUAAAUAUGUGGGUUGAUAUAUAUAUGAUGUUGCGGGUUGUGCUCUCGAUUGUGUUGUGGGUUGUGUUAGUUGUGUUGUCCGUUGUUAUAUCAAUAUUUGGCUUUGUUGCUAUGAUGUUGCUGGUGAUGUUUUGGGUUGGUUUUAUGAUGUUGCGGGUUGGUGUUAUGAUAUUGUGGUUAGUUCUUAUGAUUGAUAAUGAUGAAUACAGGAAGCUGCAAGAAAAGAUAGAAUACGGCCUGUCCGUUGGUGAUAUAAUAAUUACCUUUCAUGUUAUAAUGCCGCGGGUUGUUCUUAUGAUAUUGGUGAUCAUGUUGCUACCCUUGUGGAAUCAGAUGACGAAGAAAAUGUCGAGAGUGAGGGAUGACCUCACAAAGUUACAAGAAAGGCUAGAAAUGGCCUACCGCAAGUUGGAGUAUGCUGAUGAGGAGACGAUGAUUGUCCCAUAUGGCACCACCAACACCUUGUUUCAUAAUUUGAGAGGUGUUUCGAAUGACUUGCAAGACAUCAGCGAUGAAUUAUCUAAGCUUGAGGAUAAAUUGGAGACAAUGGAUUACAAGGAACACUGGUAUUCUCUUUUCAUUCAUGUAUACCAGCACCUGAUCUAUUUUCCACGGCAAAUUCAGAGACAAAAUAAAACUCUUAAAACUAUUGGCUCCAAAUUGGAAGAGAUUCUCAAACAAGAGUUAAAUGAUGGUUUGACUUUAUUUAAACUUAAUACCACUGUAGAAUAUGAUACUAAUCUAGUUGGUGGAAUAGAGCAGGAUACUGAAAAACUAGUGGAGAAGUUAAUGAUCACCCGUAGUUCUCCGGGAGUCCAUGUUUAUGGGAUUGUUGGGGAGAGAGGCAUUGGCAAAACAACUCUAGCUAGAAAAAUCUUCAACCACCAAACAAUAAAAGAAAAAUUCCAGUCGCCGCCACCGAUAUGGGUAGAUGUUCACAUGAAUUCUACUUUUCAUACAAUAAUGAAUUCCACAAAUAAAUUUGGUGGUGAUUCAAUUGUACAUAAGAAAAUUUUGGUGGUUCUCAAUGAUGUUAAUGACUCGGAAGUACUAAAAGACAUAAGUGACUAUAUCCUUGAGCACUGGUAUUUAAUCACUAAUGCCAAUGUCUUAGUCACAACUAGGUAUGAAAGUGUCAUAACUCAUGAGGGCAUUUAUAAACUUAAGUUGCCAUUAUUGUCGGAGGAGGAUGGUUGGGCCUUGAUGUGUAAAUUAUUAUUUCCUGAUGGUGAAAAGGGGAACAUGCAACACUUCGAACAAAUAGGUAAAACUAUGGUGAACAAGUGUCAUGGCUUUCCACUUUCAAUCAAAACCAUUGCUAGGAUCCUAAAUGCUAAAGACAAAAAUCGUAGUGAGUGGGAGAAGGUCCUAGAAAAUAUUAUUGUUUCACUAGAACCCUCAAAUAAAACACUACCUAAGCCCGUUUAUUUGCUCCCUUAUGAGAACUUGUCGUCUUAUAUCAAGCAAUGUUUCAUCUUCUGUGCUUUCUUCCCCGAGGAUUAUAUCUUCGAGAAGAAUAUUUUGAUCCAACAAUGGGUGGCUGUUGGGCUUGUGAAAAAACCAUCAAUGCCAACAGAAGAAGAAAAGGGAAUGACACAACAACUUUUUGGAAGAUGUAGCAAAUGA